ACACACACACUCACACACUCACACUCACACACACACUCACACGUCCUGCCCGAUUAUUUGCUCAAAACAUCGUCCCCCCCCUCCUGUUGCCUCUAAGCUGGGAGGUUCAAUUCGUGUCAAAUAUAUAUAUACACGCAUACCUGCGCAUAUGCACACACGCGUACAAUACAUACAUACAUAUCUUCAGAAAGCACAAACGCACACACGUAUACACACACACACACACACAUAGCCUGAUGCUGUGUGUGUGUCUGUAAACAAAACAUACUUGUAAACAAUAUACACGCACAAUGGAUAAUAUGUCAUGAUAUACAUAAAUAUAUACAUGUAUAUAUAUAUAUAAACACCUCCUCAUACACAACUCAUUCAGUGUGUAUACACGUAAAUACACAUAGCAUUGGAGUUUAACAUUCGUAAACAAUGGGCAAGUCGUAGAAAUAGACACACAUACAUGUGUGUGUGUGUUUAUACAUACAUGUGUGUAUGUGUGUAAGUAAUAUAUAUACACACGCACCUAUUCACUGUUAACAUAAGCCAGCCAAAAUGUGUUUGAAUAAACACGAUCCAUGCAUUUUGUUUAUAUACUCACACAUAUAAAUAUUAUAUUAAAUAUUGUAUUUUAUAUAUGAAUAUAUUUGUGUAUAUUAAUGUAUAUAGAAUGUGAUGUUUAAUUAACGAUUCAUCAGCUGAUCUGUGUACGAAACUAGACGAAAACAGAAAGCAUCGAGGAAGGAACGUGUUUGAAGUCAGUGGAGGCGCAGGAAAUAGCAGCUAAAUCUUUCCCAAAUCAACAGCUAAAUGUUUGAGAAAAAUUGAGACGGGAUAGCCAUGGCUUGAACGGAUUUUGCUCAUAAGGUCUGGUUAAAAUAGGGAUGACCGACGAUUGACCAACGGACAUUAACAACAACAGCAACGAGACCAAAACAGUGAGGGAAAGAAACCCAAGCUUGAACUCACAGCAGCAACAGCAAACCAACUGAUCUAUUCUUUGAGGAUAUUCCGUUCAUCAUGCCUUACCUGGGUCGAGAUUGGAGGUCACCUGGAGACCAGUGGGUCCGAACCACCGAAGGAUGGGAGAAGUUGAGACUUUGGAGGGUGAAACUGUUUGAGAAUUUGAAUGAAAACUUCUUGGCAAGGUUGGUUCGACUGGCCUUGACAGACUGGUAUUGGCGCCAAGAAAACACCCACGUCAACCACCAACCCCAUAUUCAGUUUGUGAAAGGCACUUCAAGGGAGAGGAAAAUUCACACGAGUGUGAGUGAAGCUUUCAUCCGACUCGAUCUCAGUGGAGCUGUGAAGGAUGUUCGCAGAUUCAACUAUGUUUGUUCUCUGCUGGAAAUCUUGAUAACCACCAAACUGUCCAGCCUCAGCGGAAACACACAGAAAUAUCUCUUCCACACACUGGAAGAGGUUUUAACUCAAGUUCUAAAACUCGAGUAUAACUUAGAGGCUGUGCGCAGGUUACUACACCUUUCCCAAAAAGCCCUCAAUGAUGGCAUUCAUACACAUAUCGGGAGCCAAGCUCUUUGGGCACAACACAAUGAUGCAGUCGCCAGGAUGAUUAAGAAGCUGGAAACAUUCCAGUUAACAGAGCGAGAAAAUGAUGGCAAGCUGACCUUUAGCGACCUGCCAGAAGACUGCAUCCGAGACAUCCUGCUCCGGCUCAACGACCACAAGGACAUUGUCCACACUGGUCUCACAAACAGCUUCAUCUACGAACUGUCCGAAGAGAAGAUCCUAUGGAAGCAGCUGUGUUUUUAUAAUUUCAACAACGACCAACUUUUGGUAUUUAUUCCAAAGGAAGCUGACGAGUGCGAGAUUGACUGGAAAAUGGUUUACCGAAGAUGUGUCAAACGAUUUGGAAGGAAAGAUACGUUUGCAGACAUGCUGUGUAUCUGUUGCAACUGUGAUUGUAUAUUCUGGAAGUUGACUGGCCAUCCCUGUUCCAAAGAAGAUGAACUAGAAAUUGUCUGCCGGCCCCUGAAUCCAAAGGCCUUCCUCUCAUUGUUUCUUCUCUAAAUUAUAAAACCCUCGAUGUUCAGAAUACUUGCCUGGUUGUAUUUGAAAGUGGGACCUCUUUGUCCACAGCUUCCUGGACCCACCUUUACCUUGUUGGAUAGAAGCUGUUGUGUUACUGAUCAUUUUUGUUUAAUUAAUAAAUUUAUUUAUUUUGCUGACACAUCAUGUGAUCCGUCUGAAACUUUUCUUGUCAUUAUGUGACAUGGACACAUUAAUGCUAAACUGAAAUCUUGAGUGCUGUGUUACAAAAGUUGCGACAUGAACUGAUGUAGUGUACUCAAAUGUUGAUAUUGUAACAUGUGUGACAUGCUGACUUCAAAUAUUGGUGCUGUGCCACAUGUAACAUAACUACUGAACUCAAAUAUUGGUAUCGUGACACGUAACAUGACUGAAUUCAAUUGUUGGUGCUGUGUCACAUGUAACGUGACUGAAUACAAAUGUUGGUAUUGUGAUACAUGUAAUGUAACUAAACUCAUGUUGGUGCUGUGUCACAUGUCUUGUGACUAAACUUAAAACUGUUUGUCCUUUUUGUCACACGUGAUGUAACUGGAUUCAAAUUCUGGAGAUGUGUCACAGUUGUAUCAUGAAAGGAACUAAAAUUUUCAUCCAUUUUUUUGUUUGUUAGUAUUACUGUGCCCCUCUUAUGUUGCAGGAGAGUAGGCUAAAAACUCCUGUGCCAUGUUAGAACUGUGACACAGCUCCACUGCAAACAAUAGUAUUUGGUUGCACUGUGACAAGCUCGUACUUUGAAUGUUGUCUGUCACACUUGUCAAACUAAAACCUCUUGUGUCGUGUUGCAAUUAUGACACAUCUGAACUGAAAACCCUGGCAACUUGUCACAAUUGUGACUUGCGAAAUCAUACUCAGGUAUCAUGGUUACAUAUGUUAUGUCACUGAGCUCAAAUCUCUGUGUGUCACACUCUGAUGAAAUAUUUAGGAACUGUGUGUCACAUACCCUGGUAUGUAUUUCAUGAUACAGACUGUUGUUACUCUGAAACACUGUGUUACAAAGACACAGUUGAAAUUUGGUGUCACAGUCUAUUUGAUAUAUUCAAGCUACUCAUCUGUGUUACACCAUUUAGUGUAUCAUUGUUGUGAUACAGUUCAUUGCCUGAAAACCUUGCAGAACACAUCUAGGACACAUCCAAGGUCUGCCUACAGUCACUGUCUUUCUACAUGCACAUUAAAGAAUUUGUUUAAUAUGUGUCACACACACACACAAUGCCUCAUAGAUGUAACAUGGUUUAAAUGCUUGAAAAAUUGCUGGCACACAUGACACAUUUGAGUUCUGCUGUCACAGUCUUUCAACAUGUAGCUGGAAUUUUAAUUUGAAUGUGUCACAAUAGGUCAUUGUUUGUGACACACAUGAGCUCUGGUCUUAUAUUUUGCCUGUAUUGGUCCUUGAGAAUGUUGUUUUCCUGUUACAUCUCCUCUGUUCCAGCGUUGGCACAGUUUACGGCUUCAAAAAGUUACACCUUUGUUGCACAUCCAGGUGUGAAAAAGGUGUCUACCAUUAUU